GCCCCCCCACAUUUCGUGCAAGUGCUUCUCAUGCUCACAAAGCCUAACAUGUUCUUGAAGAAUGGACAGCUCAACCUUACCACAUAAUGAACUGGAUUAUACUACGGUUGGUGCUUCUCUUGGCAUCUGCUGGGCAAAUCCAUAGCCGUGCUGCGCUGCGUUUCACCACCCUGGAGGAGCAAGAAGCAGGUGUGAAGAUCGGAAGUCUAAGCACAACCUACUCAGCUCCAUACCAGCUCCUUAAUGAAAGAUACAUCAAGGUGGACAAGAGCACAGGGGAUCUGUUCACUAAAGAGCGCAUAGACAGAGAGACUUUGUGUCCAUCACAUCAGGAUGGGGACUGUACUUUUAUAGAUACUGCAGUCGUAAGUCUUAAUUCUGAAAUAGUGAAACUGAUAAUAGUUGUGGAUGAUAUUAAUGACAACGCUCCUAUUUUUGAGAGGAAUGAGAUUCCUCUACACAUACCUGAAGAUGCAUCAAUAGGGACUGCUUUCCCACUGGAUGACCAAGCGCAGGAUAAGGAUACGGGAAAUAAUGGCUUGAUACAUUACCAUUUAAAAGACUCUGGCGGCUUUUUUGCCAUCAGACAAGAUGGGCAUGAACUUGAGCUGGUGGUACUUAGGGAACUGGACCGGGAAACUCAGGAAAACCACAUCUUGGUUCUUGUAGCAGUAGAUGGAGGUUCAGUACCACUUAGCGCUACAGCUAAUCUCAGUGUAACUGUAACUGAUGUUGAUGACAACUGCCCAGAGUUUGACACCGACAGCCCCGUCACAGCCAUUGUGCCAGCAUUGGGAAUCAAGGGGUCUGCGGUGGCACAGCUUAAAGCCACAGACAAAGACCUGGGCCAAAAUGCCCAGAUCACAUUCUCCUUCAGCCGUCAGAUCUCAGACAGGGCCAAAGCGCUCUUUCACUUGGAUGAACACACAGGCCUGAUCAGUUUAGCUGUUGACAUACAGGUUGACAGUCCUGAGGAGCACAUGUUGAAAGUCCUUGCGAAUAGCCCACUUUGCCCCCCUGUGCAAACUCAGGUAGCUAUAUACAUUCAGCCAGUGACGAGCCCAGAGCCAUCCAUAAGGAUCAGGUUUGUCACUGAGCAUAAAAACCAAGUGAUCGUGUUACAAGAAAACGAACCCCCCACCGUCUUGGCCCUCUUGGAGCUGGAAGACACCUCUGCUGCUAAAGGUACUCUAUCCUUAGAUGAAGACAGCAUGCCGUUUUCUUUGAAGCCGCAAGCAGGCAGCUAUUUGCUUUCAACAUCAAAACCCCUAGAUUUUGAGAUGUGCAGAGAGUAUAACGUUACACUUAUUAUUUCUGAUCCUCAUGGCACACGCCUACACAGAAGGGAAGUGAUCAAAGUGGCGGUUGAAGAUGUGAAUGAUAAUGCCCCAAAGUUUGAACAGACACACUAUGAAAAGGACAUCAAGGAGAACAACGAGCCCGGAGAGUUUCUGCUGAAAGUCCAGGCUACCGACGCAGACAGCUAUCAGUUUGGCAAAGUAAGGUACAGGCUUACAAACAGAGGACCUUUUAGAAUUCACGAAGAGACAGGUGUGAUAUCGGUAGCUGAGUCUUUAGAUAGAGAACAGCAGGAGACAUACAUCUUGACCGUUCUGGCCUGGGACGGCGGCGAACCGUCUCAGGAGGGCUUUGCUACUGUGUCUAUACACAUACUGGAUCUGAAUGACAAUCCACCAGCCUUUUCAACCCCACAUUUCUAUUUUUUUGUGUCUGAGAGCAUUCCACAACUUUCCCAAGUUGGGAAAGUCACAGUAAGCGAUGCUGAUAAAGGAGGCAAUGGCCUGAUUGUGGAUGUGCGUAUUUUAAGUGAAAAUGUCCCUUUUGCCAUGGACCUGGCGCAAGGAUCACUCCGCAGUACUGGUGAAGUCGACCGUGAGAAGCAAGACCGCUACGACCUGCUGGUUGUAGCCGUAGAUGGCGGCAGUCCAGCCCUUUCCACCACAGUAAAAAUGACCAUUUUUAUUGAGGACGUCAAUGAUAAUCAACCCCAGGUCCUUCUUCCUAGCAGCAACCUCUCCUGUCUGACCAUAUCCCCAGCUACCCGAGAAGGAAGCAUGAUAACAAAGAUUUACGCCAUCGAUGAGGAUUCAGGAAUGAACUCGGACAUCACUUACCAAAUAAUUGCAACCAAACCAGCUCUCCACAGCCCCUUCCAGAUUGACCAGCAGUCAGGAAACAUCACCCUAGUCCAACAUCUUCGCGGCGAGGACUACGGCAUGCACCACCUCUUCGUAGUUGUUCGCGACGGAGGAAAGCCAGACCCACUGCAGACUACCGUGUGGAUCAACCUGCUGGUCAACGAGACUUUGGAAAAAUGUCACGUGAAUGCCGUUCCGGAUUACUUGCCACCACGACUGCCUCCUCCGAUGCCUGUCAAAGACUGCAGAUGCGAAUCAAAGGCCUGGCUUAUUUUUUAUUGUGGCCUGUGUCUGAUGGUCAUCUCAGUCUGUGUUCUCCUGGCGGUUGUAGUGGUGUUUAUAAAGUGCAAAAAAAGAAAAAGGAAAGUGGAAAAAAAGACUGUAUGGGAAACUGGAAAUCUCUGUGAACUGAAACCUUUAAACUAAAGCAAAAGCUCUGCAGAUAUACCAGUAAAAUGUGUAUGUGUAAAUAUUACAAAAGUUUUUUGAAAACCUGCAAGUAGUAUUCUUUGGCUAGUAUUUUUGUGUUAGUAUUACAAUAGUAAUACUAGUAUUGUAGUAGUAUUAGUUUGGCCUAAUGUGUAAGAUAGGGGAGAGUAGGGUAAGGUGAGCCGGUGGGUAAGGUGAGCCAGUGGGUAAGUUGACCCACCCCAAGUAUCUUGGCAACUGUACACUUUUACUGUCAUGUGACUAUGAAUUUUGGAAUCACACAUCAUUUCUGCCAGACUGUAAAAAGGAGAAACACACAAGAGGAGUGGAAGGCACCCAUUUACUUUAAAAACUGUUUUUGGCUUGUCAAAGAAAAAAUUUAGCAUAACAGAUGUAAUGACUGUUACAUCAAAGCAAAUUAAUCUAGGUCUAAAAAUAUUCAUGAUGCAUAUAGGUGAAACCAUGCUAAUUUAGCUAAUUUAGCAUUUAGCUAAAUAUUAGCCUGAAUUGGUAAUAAUUAGCCUGAAUGUUUUUUCAAAAUGCCAGCUAUGCUGUGGGGUAAGUUGAGCCAGCACUUUAAUUUACCCCACCAUAAGGCACUGAAGUUAACCUAAUUCUCUGAAGUAUAAACUGGUAUUUUAAUGUGAUAUUAUGUAACUGGUUUGGUUUAUCAUGUAUAGAGAGAUAUUAUUUGUAGUUCAUUUGAUAGGGACAGUGUACAAGUCCUCCAAAUCCUUCUCUGAGAACCAGAAGAUGCUUUUCACAACAUUAUAAACAUAUAUCUUUCCACUUAUACUUCUGACUCAUUUUCACUUAUUUUGAGGACCACAUAAGUAAAAAUGACUCAUCCUACCCCAUUCUCCCCUGCCUGCUUCCUUUUCCUAAGAUGAUGUGUUUUCAUCUAAAAUGAAAUAUACUCUUAAAAUCUUUAAAGAAUAAUAUUUAAAGAAAUGAAUGCACUUAAGGACAACAAACAUUUGAUUCUCCAUCAGCAAUGGUAUGACAUUCAGAGAAAUUGAAUGAAAAUAUUUAUACAGGUGCAAUCUUGCAAAAAGAAAAAUACACUUGUUUGAUUUGUUCUCAUGUUUUUCCUCUAGUGAGCUGUCGUGUAGGUUUUACAAGCUUUCAUGGAUUAGUUGUGCUAUAGUCUGUUGCACUCAGCCUACAGUCAGUACUGUCAUCUAGAACACUGAUAUGCUGGUAUAUUUUCAAAAAAGAAAAUAUCUCUUUACAAAGCAGUUGAAACAAGACCAUGUCUCUUUUCUAUAGAGUUCAAGAAAUAUCAAGAUUGUGCCUGUUUGCUUUUUAACAGCAGAUCUUAUUGUGUACAAGUUAUUAGUUAAUGCUAACUAAUUGCGUUUAUGCAUUGUUCAGCCAUUGCAGCUUUCUAAAAUCUUGCCAGUAGUUAAUGCAUAAUUUAAUGAUGUUAAUGUAAUAAAGAAGGCAAAUAAAGAAACCUUACUAUUGAAAUACAUUGGGAUGCUCUUGAGGUGAACUUGACUUUCAUCCAUUUUGAACUCUCUUGAGAAGUUUGAUAAAAAAUCUCAAGGAUUUUUUAGUAAAUGUUGGCAGACAGAUGGGAAAUAUAAUACAUCUCAUACCAGCAAGUUUCCUAGUCCCCUUCUCACCACAUUCAGGAGGUUCAGGGACUCAUUGAACUUGUGCACAAAGAAUGAGGAAACGUUGAUUUUUCUGCCGAACGCAGACAAUCUGGACAAGAAUGUGGAUGAAAGAUAAGUUUUAAAAGAAAGCUCUGAAAAAACAGGCCUGACCGCUUUAGUACCUGUGCCACCCCACCUUACCAAUUUCAGCAGAGGAGGAGGAUCAACACCCCAGUCCCCAACCCCCCCAAGACAUUGAGUUUUUUUGUAGCUGACAUGAUAGGGGUUUUGAAAAUGAUACAAAAAAAAAAAAACAUGUUUAGGCAGGUCUGCUGUAGACAGAUGAAAUGAAAUACACUUCCUGAAUAGAAAAGAAGAUAUGGGAAAUUAACCUUGUGAGAAAACACUGCCAUGAAGUUGACUGCCAUGUGUCCACAUCAGUAUUGGGCAAUAACUAGUUACUGUAACAAUAUUACUUUUUGCAGUAACUUGUAGUGUAACUAAUUACUGGUAAGAUUUCAGUAAUAAUAUUACAGUUACCAUCAAUAAAACAGCUUUUGAUGCCUCAACCCAGCUGAUUUAAAAUCCAACAAUCAAAUAAUUCCUAGAUUUAUUUUCAUAAUUAUCAUGACUCGCACAUGCAUGUAAUGUCCCCAGUGCAGCAGGCAAGCUUGGAAUAUGGAAAAGCGUAUUGGAUUUUAUAUUGAUUAUACUGACAUUGUAUUGAUUUUGUCAGGAAAGAAGAUGAUGUGAACAUGUGGUACAUUAUAUUUUUGGAAAAUCUUUUUGGAAAAUUAAACAGUUUCUUACAAACAUAUGUGAUAUAAUCGUAUAUGGGUAACGGAGAAAUUCCAAUUACCCAAUUACCAAUUACCUUGAAG